GCUGUCCGCUUGGCUGUUAUACGGCCUUCACAUAACCCCACUUUGCCAGCUGUGUAUGUUUUGACGAAAUUUACAUUUGUUUCGCAACCGAUCGAGAGAAAAUCGUACGCAACGAUAUAGAGGAUUAAGUAAAGAGUUGAAAAUUCCAUAAAUAAGCGUACAACAAAUGUUUUGCAACGUACAAGUGGAAAACAAAAUUAGAUUUGGUUCGUGAAUCAUCGCAGAAGGAAACAAGUUUUGUUAGCACGGGGCGGGGCGGUGAACAUGUCACGUUCAGCACAAGAUGCGCUCGCCGUAUUGCGGGGCAUACAGCUAGUAGUGGAGGCGUUGUAUCGCGAACAGAGCACACAAUGUAAAUUUCGCUGGAGUAACUCGAGUAUACGCGAACUUUUGCAGGCCAAUCUUCAACAGAGCGCAAACUAUAUGCAGCAAGUGGGUACACAACCAACGGAGGAGCUAAAAAAACUACAACAAUUGUUGCAGGAAACUAGUGAGCGCACUGGUGUUGUAUUUGAAGGUUUGCGUCAAUUAACUAUCGCCAAAGUGCCUAACGAAUUGUGUCGAGGUCCGGAAACGUUGCAGCGGGCAAUGAGUAACGUAAUUGGUGCAAGUGGUGGUGGGGGUAGUGCACAGUCUGGUGACGUAAAAACAAGCGGAACAAUUAAUUUUAGUAGUAGCACUGGCAGUGGUACUACAGCUGGUAAGGCGGGCAGCCAUUUGGAUGCAGCACAACUUGAUAUAUCGUCCAUCACACUAAAUGAAUUGGAGGAAAUAUUGUCAAAGCGCAACAAAAAUCGUGAUAUCAGCUUGCGAACUCCAUCAACAGAACGUAAACAAGUGGACGAAAACAAGCAAAAUAUGGAAGCAGAUACAGUAAUAGGUGCUGAAAAAGCAGCAACCGGAACUUCUGCAACAGCUGCCGAAGCGCCUCUGUCCGCUGGAUCAGUGAAAGCAGACACUGUUUAUGUGGAAAAUAUAUUAAAAACUAUUGCCGGCCACUCGUCUACCACGGAAUCCGCGGGUGCAACAUCUAUUGGCCUGCCUACAUUGAGCACAGUGGCUAAGCAGCGACGUGUGCCAUCCACUCGGCUCGGGCGCAUGGUUUCGUUUGGCGGUCUCUUUGCUGGUUUAGGUGUCGGCACCAUAAACGAAUUAACCAAAGGCGCGCUUGGUAUUGGUGGCUCAAAAAAUUUGAAAGAAGCUCUCCUUAGUCCAGCUAAUGCAGAGCGAAUUGUUGACACGCUUUGCAAGGUGCGUGGGGCGGCGCUGAAAAUCGGCCAAAUACUUAGUAUACAAGAUUCGAAUGUGGUGUCACCGCAGCUGGCUAAAGCGUUUGAGCGUGUACGUCAAGCGGCUGACUACAUGCCUGAUUGGCAGGUGGAGCGUGUGAUGAUCACACAACUGGGUGCCGAUUGGCGCACCCAAUUGGAAAGUUUCGAUAAUAAACCCUUUGCGGCGGCUUCGAUUGGACAGGUGCAUCGCGCAACUUUGAAAAAUGGCAUGCAAGUGGCAAUAAAAAUUCAAUACCCUGGUGUGGCGCAAAGCAUUGAGAGCGAUAUUGAUAAUUUGGUGGGUAUGCUUAAGGUGUGGGACGUCUUUCCGCACGGCUUCUUCAUUGACAAUGUGGUCAAGGUGGCCAAACGUGAACUCAACUGGGAAGUGGACUACACACGCGAAGCUGAGUAUACAGAUAAAUUUAAGCAAAUGAUUUCGCCCUACCCAGAGUACUAUGUGCCAACAGUAAUCAAGGAAUUGACCACAGGGAAUGUGCUAACAACCGAAUUAGUGCCAGGUGUACCGCUGGACAAGUGCUUCGAUUUAAGCUAUGAGCAUCGCCAUCACAUUGCUUCGUCUAUACUCAAAUUGUGUUUGCGUGAGCUGUUCGAGUUAGAGUGCAUGCAAACCGAUCCGAAUUGGUCUAAUUUCCUUUAUGAUGUUAAAACGAAAAGACUAAUGCUAAUUGAUUUUGGUUCGACUCGUUUCUAUCAAAAGAAAUUCAUCCAAAACUAUCGCCAGGUAAUAAUACACGCAGUUGAGAACAAUCGCGAUGGUGUUUUGCGUAUGUCACGUGAAAUGGGUUUCCUCACUGGCUAUGAGACCAAGCAAAUGGAAGAGGCUCAUGUGGAUGCCGUUAUGAUACUCGGUGAAAUGUUUCGCUUUGAUGGCGAAUUCGAUUUCGGGCGUCAAAACACUACGGAGCGUAUCGCACAUUUAGUACCAACUAUGGUCGCCCAUCGUCUUUGUCCACCGCCAGAGGAAAUCUAUUCCAUACAUCGCAAAUUAUCGGGCAUAUUUUUGUUGUGUGCACGCAUGAAUGUACGACUGGAUUGUCGGCCAUACUACAAGGAAAUUGUUAUUGAGAAAUUUAAAGAAUAAAACCGAAAGUACACACAAGCUUUAGUUAAUGCAUAUUUGUCAAAGCCCUUUAACGUGUAGUUUGCAUAACCACUUGUCGAUUAGUCGAGUUUUAAACGAUUUGGUUUUCUAACAUGUCAAAAAGCGUAAACUUGAAGUUUAGUUUAGCUUAAGUUUAUAGUUAAUUUUAAUAAAUGAAAUAAAUAAAAUGGCUAACAGGUUUUAAGCGA